AGCUCGAAGAAACAAACUUGUGAUACAUUUACGCGCCAUAUAUGAAACAAGUUCGCGAAAAGCAGACGCUAGAUGAAGGAUAGCCUAAUCUACAUUAACUCAUCUUUGUGGAUUGAAUAAAAACAUCAGAAAAUGAGUUCUUCUGAUUUGGAACUACUAUGUGUUUACGACUCUAAAUUUGCCCCAGUUACCUUUAAAAAAGACUCAAAAAAUGAGAACAGUUACAGCUGUAAUAUUCCAAAAGGAUCUAAGAUUGAACAGCUUGUAGUUUUUGCUCAAGGAAAGUGGACUGAUAAGAACAUUGACAUCAGCAUCAAAUGUGGGAAAAAACAAAGCCCCAAAAAACUUUGUACUUUAACUAAUUCUCAGCGCUGCUAUCUUUCUACAACACUGAGUGACUUGGACACUUUAAAUUUAAAGCGCAGUAGUACAAUUAGUCUUGAGGCAGUGGUCUUGUCUGAAACCGAAAUUCCUCAGAAUACAGCUGAUGAUAUCACAUCUAGCCCUGUUGCAUCCAACCUGCCAGAUAUUCAGAAAGAGAACGAAACUACACCACAAGCAGAGAUAAUGCUUUCAAGUUCACCUUUACCCACCAAGCCUAACAAAAAGAGAAGGCGUCAUGAUGAAAAUACACCUCAGCCUAAAUCUAGACGACAAAAAGUUGCCAUGAGAGCCUUAUCAACAGAGAGAUCGCCACCAUCAAAACAAAAGUUAAUGGCUAUUGAAUCAAAUGUGUCUGAAACACGUGAUACAAAUCUUGUCAAAGAAAUCAGUAAAGAAGGGAAAAUAACGAGAUGUGUCGAUUUGUCUGCCAGAUCUCCAAAGCCUAGUAAUAGAUGGGGUCAUACCAUGACAUUUGUGAAUAGUAAACAAGCUGUUCUGAUUGGUGGACAAGGUGAUAAACAACUUAGCAAGGAUUCCAUUUGGGUUCUUGAUCCUGAAAUGAGAACCUGGAAAUGUCCAGAUGUGGUAACAGAGGGGGCUAAGCCUGAAUACAGAAUUGGCCACAGCGCAACAUAUGACCCAACAAUGAGAUGCAUAUACAUCUAUGGUGGCUCAAAAAAUGCGAAGUGGUUUCAUGAUGUUCAUAUGUUUGAUUUAGAUGAGAAGAAGUGGACCUUAGUCAAGGCUAAUGGCAAGGCACCAACCAGAGCAUAUCACAGUGCAAGCUUGUAUAGACAUGAACUUUGGAUAUUUGGGGGUGUUUUCCCUCGACCUGACCCCCAACCUGAUGGUUGUGAUAAUGAAGUACAUAUUUUCAGUCCUGUCAUGGAGAGCUGGUACAAUCCUAUUGUUACUGGAGAUAAGCCACAGCCUCGUUCUGGUCAUUCAGCCACUUUAAUCAAUGACCAGUUGGUUAUAUUUGGGGGAUGGGAUUUUCCUUACUGCUACAAUGACCUUUUUAUUUUGGAUUUAACCACUGUUGAUUGGUCUUCACCAAAGUUUACUGGAUGUCCUCCCAAGCCUAGAAGUUGGCAUGCAUCUUGUGCACUUUCAAAUGAUCGUAUAUUUAUUCAUGGUGGCUAUGAUGGUGACAUUGCUCUUCAUGAUGCUUAUAUUUUUGAUUUAGAAAAGAAGUUGUGGCUAGAGUUGGCUUUGGAUAAUGCUCCCUCUCCUCGUGCUGGCCAUGGGUGCUUACGUUUGCCUUCCAGCUAUGAAAACCAAGAGGAAGAUGAAAUUAUUGUAUUUGGAGGAGGCGACAAUGAUGGAAGCUAUUUCAGUGACAUGCUUUCAUUUUAUGUUCCCUUUGAUCCUAAAACGAUCACAUACUCAAAAUGAGAUGUUUAAAUUACUUCUGUACACAAUGGCAGCAAUAAAUGGGGAAGGUGAAGUGUUGUAUAUAUCUUUUGAAUUAAACUGUAUUUUAUUUCAUAUCUUUUAGAUGUUUCUGUCUACAUAUUGAAAAAUUCACUGGCCUUGUUUUAUUUUUCUGAAAUAUAGCUAUUGAACUUUUUUUAGAAAUGUGAAUUUUAAGUAACUUGUUGCAUUUUAUGUAUUUUAAUCUGUUGGUAAUGUAUUUAAAUGUAUAUUAAAAACAAAUAACCUGUAUGUUAUAUUGGUAUGGCAACUUUUAUGUAUCAAUGAGCUUUUGAAGGGUUUUAUGCUGAAUUGACAUUUUGCUAAUAAAUAUUAUU